AGGGGCGUGGCCAGGAGCGUAAGGGGCGUGGCCACAGCAUGAAGGGGCGUGGUCAGGGCUAUAUGGGGCGUGACCUGGACCACAAAGGGCGGGGCAUGCCAUAAGGGGCGUGGCCGUACCGUGGGGGGCGUGGCCUGUGCCCUGCCAGAGAGGGGCGUGGUCGACAGGAGCCGCGGCCCCCGCGCCGCCGCGGCCGUUGCCGAGGCGCCAGCCAAUGGGCGGGCGCGUUGCUGGGAGGCGGCAGCCAAUGGCCGCGCGCGGUGCUGUUGCCGGGCUGCCCGUACCGGCCGUGCCGCGGCCGUCCCGGGGCGAUGCCGGUCCCGGCCCUGCCGGGCCAUGGAGAUCCGCUGCGGGGGUCUGCUCUUCAGCUCCCGCUUCGACUCGGGCAACCUGGCGCACGUGGAGCAGGUGCGGCCUGCCGAGCCGGGGGGCGGCCCCGCCGCCCGCGCCAGCGCGCUGCCCGCCGCCGACUACGAGUUCAACGUGUGGACGCGGCCCGACUGCGCCCACACGGAGUAUGAGAACGGCAACAGGUCCUGGUUCUACUUCAGCGUGCGGGGGGGAGCCCCGGGCAAGCUGAUCAAGCUGCACAUCCUGAACAUGAACAAGCAGAGCCGGCUGUACGCGCAGGGCAUGACCCCCUUCGUGCGCACGCUGCCCGUGCGGCCGCGCUGGGAGCGCAUCCGGCAGCGCCCCAGCUUCCAGGUGGUGGAGGCGCAGUUCGUGCUGUCCUUCGUGCACCGCUUCCUGGAGCACCGCGGGGCCACCACCUACUUUGCCUUCUGCUACCCCUUCUCCUACACGGAGUGCCAGGACAUGCUGGCACAGCUGGACGGCCGCUUCCAGGACUGCAGGCACAUGUCCCCCAGCAGGUCUGCCCCCCACCUUCUCCUUCCUGGCUCUGCCCCACCUUCCUGGCCCUCACACCUUUGGGCUGGGCCGGGCCGGGCUGGGCUGGGCCGGGCCGGGCUGGGCUGGGCCGGGCCGGGCUGGGCUGCCCACAGGGCGGCCCGGGUGUUGGCACCUUUCUGCAGCCCCCGUGUCUGUGCCCAGAAUGGCGUUGUGGCCCCGAGGGCUGGAGCAUUUGGGCAGUUUGUGGAGCAGAGCCUGAGACCCUUCACUAUCACAAUAUCCUGGGGCAGGCAGGACACCCCCUCACCCCGUCUGUUUGCCCAGGUGUUCUUCCUCAGCAGCAGAGUCCACCCAGGGGAAACCCCCUCCAGCUUUGUCUUCAAUGGCUUCCUGGACUUCAUCCUGCGGGAGGAGGAUCCGCGUGCCCAGAUGCUGCGGCGCAUGUUCGUGUUCAAGCUCAUCCCCAUGCUGAACCCCGACGGGGUGCUGCGGGGCCACUACCGGACCGACUCGCGUGGGGUGAACCUGAACCGGCAGUACCUGCACCCCGACGCCGAGCUGCACCCCGCCGUCUACGGCGCCAAGGCCGUGCUGCUCUACCACCACGUCCACAGCCGCGUCCUGCCCGGCUCUCCGGACUGGAGGACGUUUGUCUCCCCUCUCAGCACCAGCUCGCUGAGCUUAAAAUCCCCCAACUGUCCCAUGCCAGCCGUGGAGGCCGCGCUCUCGGAGCUGGACAAAACCAACAACCUCCGCAACUCCCCCGGCAGUUGGCGUGCCGGCACCCGCUCCGGCCUGGCUGGAGGCAGCCCCAGGACGCCGGGCCAGGAUGCCCAGGUGUCAGACAGCACGGAGCCAGCCGCCUGGAUCCUCCCAUCGAGCCACAGCGGCGAGCGCUGCGAGGAGGGGCCGUGGGCGCCUGCCCCAGCCCCCGCGCCCGAGGCUGCCGAGCCCGCAGAGCCCAUCGCACCCCGGGACAGCGGCCUGGCCUACUACGUGGACCUGCACGGGCACGCGUCCAAGCGCGGCUGCUUCAUGUACGGCAACAGCUUCAGCGACGAGAACGACCAGGUGGAGAACAUGCUGUUCCCCAAGCUCAUCUCCCUGAACUGCCCUCACUUUGACUUCACGGGCUGCAACUUCUCGGAGAAGAACAUGUACGCGCGGGACAAGCGGGACGGGCAGUCCAAGGAGGGCAGCGGCCGCGUGGCCGUCUACAAGGCCCUGGGCAUCAUCCACAGCUACACCCUGGAGUGCAACUACAACACGGGGCGCUCGGUGAACAGCAUCCCGGGGGCGUGCCACGACAACGGCCGCGCCAGCCCCCCGCCGCCGCCCGCCUUCCCCUCCCGGUACACCGUGGAACUCUUCGAGCAGGUGGGCCGGGCGGUGGCGGUGGCGGCGCUGGACAUGGCCGACUGCAACCCCUGGCCGCGGAUCGUGCUGUCGGAGCACGCCUGCCUGGGCAACCUGCGCGCCUGGAUGCUGAAGCACGUGCGGGGGCUGCGCGGCGCCGGCGCGGGCCCGCGGAGGAGAGGAGGUGCCAGGACCCCCCCCCGGAGCUCCACGGGGCUGCCCACCUCGGCCUCUGACAACGCACUGGCCCGUGCCAGGAGCUUCAGCCACGGCACCAGCGGCAGCGGGGGCAGCCAGCAGGGCUCCCCCCGGAUCCGGGCCUCCCCCAGCUUCACCUUCGGCAGCCCCCGGCCCCCGGUGGCCGCCGCGGCCCCGCAGAGCCCCGCGAGCGCGGGCAGCGCCCCGGCCCUGGGCAGAGGGACCGUGCCCAAGGGCGCCCGGGCAGCGCCGAGCACCGGCCACGGCCCACGGGAGGCGCAGCGAGGCGUGCAGCAGCUGCAGGACACGGCGCCUCUGCAGGUGCUGCCAAUGAAGCUGAAUGCCCGCAGAGCCCCGGACAGGCGUGGGGCUCUGCCUGGUGGCUCCCGUGCCCCCCGCCAGGGCGCCGAGCACCGAGGGACCCUUCCCGUGCUGAGCGCUCCCACGCCCCGAGCGCCGGCCCCGCUUUACCGGGCAGCGGCGGGGCUCCUGCGGCCCUGCUCCGCGCCGGGCACGGCGCUGUCGCUGUCCCCCGCUGCCACCCCCCGGCAGCGCUCGCCCCUGGCGCGGCUGCUGCCCGCGGCGCCGCUGCUGCUGCGCUGAGCGCCGGCGGAACCACGCGGCUCUCUGCUGUAUCAU